AGGUUUUGGAACGCAAACUCUGUCUCUUAGGUCAUUUUUAAGAAGUAAGGACCUAACAAACCCAGGACGGGUGUGUGCCCUUUUCUGCCCUCAGAGUUCCUCCUGUUGUUUUUGUCGGUGCGCUCUUUCUUGAAUUGCAUUUCUUCCGAGGUUGUUCAUUGUAUAUGCCAUUUCUUAGCUUAACAUAGCUCUCUCCUCUUUGGACUAACAUUUUACUAAAUUUAUCAAGGUUUUACUAGUUUAUCAAGCUUUAUUUCCUAGUCACUCCUUCCCUGGGGCCCCAGUCGGGGAUGACAGCUCCCUGCAGCACUUAGUUUUUGCCUCGACCAACCCUUCGGCUUUCAGUGGCAAGUCCGUUUUCCUAUUCCCUCUGGAUGCCACCUCUCCGGGUCGCCUGUCACAAAGACGCGCUCCAGACGACGUUUGUGGAACCUGAGGCCAGGUGGCCCCCGACACGAGCCGCAGCCAUGGGAAACACCACCAGCGACCGGGUGGCCGGGGAGCGCCACGGCGCCAAGGCAGCGCGGGCCGAGGGCACCGGCGGCCACGGCCCGGGCAAGGAGCAUAAGAUCAUGGUGGGCAGCACGGACGACCCCAGCGUCUUCAGUCUGCCGGACUCCAAGCUUCCUGGGGACAAAGAGUUUGUAUCAUGGCAGCAGGACUUGGAGGACUCGGUGAAGCCCGCACAGCAGGCCCGGCCCACUGUGAUCCGUUGGUCCGAAGGCGGCAAGGAGGUCUUCAUCUCUGGGUCCUUCAACAAUUGGAGCACCAAGAUUCCACUGAUUAAGAGCCAUAAUGACUUUGUGGCCAUCCUGGACCUCCCCGAGGGAGAGCACCAGUACAAGUUCUUCGUGGAUGGACAGUGGGUUCACGAUCCAUCAGAGCCGGUGGUUACCAGUCAGCUUGGUACGAUUAACAACUUAAUCCAUGUCAAGAAAUCUGAUUUUGAGGUGUUUGAUGCUUUAAAGCUAGAUUCAAUGGAAAGCUCGGAGACAUCUUGUCGAGACCUUUCGAGCUCACCCCCAGGGCCUUAUGGUCAAGAAAUGUAUGUGUUUCGAUCCGAGGAGAGAUUCAAAUCCCCGCCCAUCUUGCCCCCUCACCUUCUCCAAGUUAUUCUUAACAAGGACACUAAUAUUUCUUGUGACCCAGCCUUGCUCCCUGAGCCCAAUCACGUUAUGCUGAACCAUCUCUACGCAUUGUCCAUUAAGGACAGUGUGAUGGUCCUUAGCGCCACCCAUCGCUACAAGAAGAAGUAUGUCACUACUCUGCUGUACAAGCCCAUCUGAAGGGAUCCCUGCCUGCCUCCCGGGAUUCAGAAGCAUCUCCCUUGCCUUUCUGGACUGGACCAGUCUCACCCGAGACUGGAAGGCUGAUUUGCUUUGAGGCUGAUAUGUGUGUUUCCGAGCCUGAGUAGGAUGCUCUGCUUUUGCAUUUGUUGAAGAUGAGAGCUUUAUGAAUUCAUGGAAUUUAACGAAAAAACAUUACACAUCUGUCUACAUAAGAGAAGAGGGUUAAUCGAAGCCUCCUAGCUAGAUGUAGUCUCUGCCUGUGGGGACUUACCAAGACCCGUUUGGGGAGCUGCAGGAAGAACCAUUCAUUACAGGAAGCUUUUUUCCUAAAAUGAAUGCAGAGCAAACUCUCAGGAUCCUUCACGUGUGGAGAGUCUGUCACUGCUACCUUGGCUGUCCAAGGGGUGGACUGUACCAGGCGCCUGCCCUGCCCGCAGCUGCCUCCUUGGCAGGGCAGCUCUUCUUGCAUGGGGUUUUCUGUAUUCCCAGGGUCUGUGGCACGAUCUGUGUUGUUUUAUGUGAUACCAGACGCCCCUUCGUCCGCUCAUUUCACAUUCUUGCUUUGAUAACCUCCUUCCGACCCCACACCGGACCCUUCCCUAACACAAAACUCAUUGGGUAAGUGACCCCUUUCCACGGCUGUGUGAGACCUGACCCACCUCAGACCCUAGGGCUGCCAGAAAGUCUCCUUUUUAGCCCAGCGCAGGCCCAGGCCACUUUGUGACUGCUUGUUGUAACUUGUAAGGAAAAACAUGGCUCGGCACUGAGGAAGGCAGGAGUGAGGUGUGCCGGUUUGGGGGUGAUGCCGCAGCCCGGGCUGUGCUGGCCCGCUCCCGUGGGCUGUCCCACCCGGCCUGGCCCUGGUCCUUUCCUUUCACAGAUGCUUUGAAGGUGGGACUGGAACCAGGGAAAACUUGCAUGUCUCUCGUCCUAAAGAAAAAUGUUUUUUCUUUAAAUAAAAAAAUGCCUUUUCGUUGGUCUUAAGGGCCUGCCCAGGAGAAGUUCAGGCUCUUGAUCAGUGGCUCCCAGUAUCAUGUCUGGUCUGGCCCUCUAUAAUCUUACAUUCGUGUGGCUGACCCCAGUCCACGCCAUUACACUAAACACUGCUCUGGAUGCAGAUUUAUCCAGACUGAUUUGAUGCCCCAAAAGGUUCCCUCAACUGAAAGAUUCGUUAGGCCAAGAAGCAAGAAAGUACCACUGAGGUUCCCACCCAUAGAAAGUGUCUGACAGGAUCUUUUCUUUGUCUGCCUCUUCUUUUUAAAAAAAGCGUUUGAUGAUAAAGGGGGGUCAGUGAUUUCCAUUUGUGGAAUGAAAAGUAGCUAUUCGAUCCACUCUUGGGGCUCAGAGAGAAAAUAUUUUUUUCCAAGUAUCUGUGGCUCUUCCAUUACAGAUAAAUGCAAGUCAAACAUUCAGCACCGAAGGAGGCCAUACUUGACGCUUGAGCGACUCCCUGACAACUAAGAUGGCUCAGCCACACUGAAAGGGCGCCCACAGGCCAGUUUAGCUGCCUCCUGCCUUCCCCAGAGCCGACGACAGAGACAGUGGGCUUCGGGUAUGUAGACUUCUUAGACCCCGGGGCCAAGGCAGCAGGAUAUGUGGGUUGUUGUUUGGUGUUUUGCCGGGAAUGCAAGUUGCUGAGUGCUCUGGCGGCAAAUUGCUGAGAGUAAAUGCUGCCGUAGCCACUCAAGACCAUCUCCUGCAGCAAAGAUGUUGGUGGAGAACUUUUACGGUCCCAACCAUUUUUUGAAUGGUGUGCCAUUUAAAAAAAAAUCUAGGCCAAAUCCUAUUAUAACCAGUUCUCAGGAUCUACAUCAUCUUCGGUUAUACUCCAAUUUUGUUUUUUUCCCCAUUCCCCGUUAGUAAGUGGGCCCCUUAGAAGGACUCCGAAUCUUGGUUGUUACGUGGAGGAUUUUGUCGUCCUCACAUUUCUUGUCAAUAGUAUUGAAAUGUAAUUUCCUAUGUGUUCAUGUAUUAAAAUUUUUACUCCACACAGGUGUAUCAGUAGAGUGGGGCAGGACAAGCCUCUCAGGCUAGACGCUUCUCUGAAUUGGGUCUUGGCUCCAAAGACAUUAGGUUUUGGGGCUGGUGGCCUUUCCGUCUGCCUAAUCCGGAAAUGUGCAGAGCGUGUCCGUAUCCCAAGUUCUGAGGUGAUAUUUCAGCCAGAUGAGACGUGGGAGCCUACCGGCUGGUGUGGAGGGGUCUGGUAAGAGAACUGGGUGACGACUCACUCAGACUGCGAAUACGUCCCAAGGCCCUGAGAAGCCCUAUCACAUCUCUCAGUCUGUCCCCAAGAAACUUCUAGAAGGUAGAGAGGGAGGGAGGAAGACAGACCACGCACAACUCAGCCCUUCUUUUCUAGUGGUGAAAAGGGAUAGUUUGUUUUCUGCAGAAGAGAAUUUGGCAGAUCUUGAAACAGUAAAGGCAAGGAAAAUAUUCCCCCCCCCCUUUUUUUUUUUUGCCUGUAGGAGUUUCACAGAGUCAGAUGAGUAAGAAAAUGGCUCUGGGGGAAGGCCCAUCUUAAAGAGCUGCAUCCUGAUGUGGAGUUGUAGGAAAAAGAAAGAAAGAAGGACUGAGCUGAGGAAUAAUACUAGGAAAAUAAAGACUUAAGGAACUCAGAACUAAAAAUAUCCUUUUUAAAAAAAAUUGAAUCAGACAUACUGGUGUCCUUGGAUCUCACUGUACAGAAUUUCCUGUAUAAACCGUUUUCCCUUUGUUUCUUGUUCCUAUUCUCUACCCUUCUAUAUUCUGCUUUAACUUGAUUUGUCAGACUUUGCCAGGGUCUCAAAUCAAACCUUACCUUAAACAAGUGUUAGGCAUCUUGCUGGUAGGGAAGACUUUUGUGUCGUGUUAUCAGCUUGCUUUCAGCUCUGAGAUGAGUCGGAUCUAACCACUGAAGGCACCGCCUCUGAAGGGCACACCUGGCCUCAGUACCAUUUGCUUUUUUAAACAAUACUUAUAUGGUAGAGAAACCUAUAGAAGGAGACGCCAAGAGAAGUUUCCGAAAGGAUCCUAAACCCAGGCCCACUCCCUUCCCUCCAGUUAUGUCUAGUGUCUUGUAGACCAAAUGGAUCUGAGAGAAAACCUCUGAAGGGUGUCAGUACUCUGUGUGUGCUGCUAAAGUGAAGUGAAGUUUGUAAAGAAGUGUUACCUCCAGACUGGGUUUAUGUUAAUCUGGCAUAUAAAUGAAGGGGACAUACUCAUGAUAGAAUGCCCUGCUUUUACCUGGGGAAAUAGGGCUUUUAAAUUUUUCACCUCAACUAAAAAUAUGCAACAGUCUAUGUGUGUGUUUGAAAUACGUUCUGUUCUCAAAGAUGUCCAAAUCCUCAUGUUCUAGUAACUUGGGCAUGGAUGGGCUCACUAGCAUAUACAUAGUUUGUUCCUGCAUUAUGCUGACUCAUCCUUAAAGCCAAGUUCUCACUCUGUUCUACCAGGGAUGGCUGACUCCUGUUACCCUUGGGAUGGUGCACCUGGGAGGGGCAGGGGUCAAGGUCUCCCAAAGCUCUGGAUCUAGGCAUUUGUCUCUCCUUAAGCGCCAGUCACAAUUGGAGGCUGAACAGCUGUUGAUUUCUGCAAUGAACCCAAACUUUUGGAGUACAAAAGCUCUACCUAUUUUAAAAUUAUAAGAAAAAAAGGAAAGGAAGAAAGAGAAAAAACCCAAGUCGGCUACUUAUGAAAUCCAAUUGUUAGCAAUGGAAUCCCUCUAAGAUUCAUAUCGGGGCUUUGUCAUGAUUUGCUUUUCUCAAUUGUGCUUUGAAGUGAAUAAGUUUUGCUAAAAAUUAAAUUUUUUUACUAGUUCCAAUGUUAGUUGGAGUUAAAUUAAUUGUGUGUAGCACAGUGCUUUUGCAGUAAGAUUGGUGUGAAAUGCUGAACUCUAUGGAUUUCAUAGUCGGGUCAAAUGGUCAAGGGAUACCCACCAUUAAGUAUUAUAUUAUGGAUCGAUCACAUUACUUUUCUAUUCCCACCUGCAGAACACUUACCCAGGUUGUGGUUUUAGAACAGCCAAGCUCACCGAUGUUAUUAGUUCUAAUCUCCACCUUGGGCCCCGUAUGUGAGACGUGUUUGAAUUCUGGUAAAUUGGAGGAUGUCGGUUGUUAUUACACUGAAGCAUUUUGAAUGAGUGCCGCUCUCGCCAUAAAGGGGGAAUAAGAAUAGAAUUUGAAGGGAAUUAAAUAUGUGAGAGUCCCCCUCUAUGUGGUGCUUUCUGUAACCUUUAGUGCUGAGCUUCAGAGCUGCUUUUCAGCAUUUCACAAGAGUGGUAUACAAGAAUGGAUUUUCAGCUUUUCUCCAAAUGUAUUUUAUCACUGGACUCUUGACGUGUCUGAAAAUUAUGUGAUGUCACACAUACAGAAAUGUGAGGUUCCCCCCCAUAAAACUAAUGAAUAAAAGUAUUAUACAGCAAUUA